UUCACUAUACCUACGUAAAUAAUAUCAGUUUACUCGAUUUGCUAGAAUGUGUACACAGCGUCUACCUGGGCUUAUGCACAAAUUUUAAACAAGUCUCAGUGAAUUUAAAAAUAGCAAUCUACCGGCUUGUAGCAAACAUUUCCCACAUGUCACGGCUUCGUCUCUCACAGUCCACGCCCGGCGCACCGGCCACCACCUACCACCUGGAUUAGAAAGAAACUAUAAUUAUCAAACGUUGACAACAUUCAUUAAUUAUAAAAUACGAGUGGUUGGCAGCUAACGCGAAGUGAAAUUCAUCUGUAACGACUUCCCUCUGUGCUCGCAGUGUGUUUAAUUACGGAGCAUCUAACUCGCUUUUGGCCAUGUAAUUUAUCAAAUGUCAACUGAGUAUCUGCGUUAUCACAGCCGAUGUUUAUAUUUGUAUCGGGAACUGAGUGCAGUGCGGAGAGCGGAGCCGCGGCAGGAUGUUGCCGAUGGAGCAAUUGUCGGCGCUCAUACAGGAGCACCUCGGGCAGGGCUGGGACCCGGCGCCCGGCGCGGCCGCGUGGGUCGCCGGCGAGUCCGCACUGGGCGGCCGCGGCCUGCUCGCCGUCCGGGACAUCGCGCCGGGCCAGGUGCUGUUUGUGGACCACCCGCUGCUCUGCGGACCGCGCUCCGGGACCAACAUACACCGAGGAUGCACCGUCUGUUCCAAAAUAAAUGACCAAACUUCCUUCAAGUGUCCAAAGUGUAGUUUGUUAUUGUGUUCCGAAGAGUGUCAGAGUUCAACGGCGCAUCACAAUGACUGUGCCCUCAUUACGCGCUGGCCCAAUAAAGUACCCAUCGAGGAAGUCGACGAUACGCUGCUAUCGAGAGCGCUUACUUCAAUAAGGGCCCUGCUCCUCGAUGAAAAGAGUCGGCAAUUCUUGUGUUCGCUACAGGCACACUUUCAGCCUCCCCAUGGAAAUGAAGUGAGGGAUCUCAGUAAAUACUUCGACAUUCCUAAAGAAGAAGAAAAGCUAAUGAUUCUGGCUUCCUGUGUUCUUGACGCAAACGCGUACCAAAUAUCGAAUCAGUACGGCGAAGGGGACAUGCACAAGAGAGGUUUAUACCCGGUAGCGAGUUUGAUGAACCACGACUGUGUCCCGAACACUCGGCACGCGUUCAACAGUGACUUCCACAUGAUAGUGAUAGCGGUGAAGGCGAUCCCGGCGGGCGCGGAGCUGUGCACGUGCUACACGGGGCUGCUGUGGGGCACGCCGGCGCGGCGCGUGCACCUCGCCAAGACCAAGCACUUCCUGUGCGCGUGCGCGCGCUGCGCCGACCCCUUCGAGCGCGGCACGCUGCUGGCGGCGCUCAAGUGCUUCCAGGCGGAGUGCGGGGGGCUGCUGCUGCCCGCGCGCCCGCUGCAGGCCGCCGCGCCCUGGCGCUGCAUGGAGUGCGACCUACAAGUCCCCGCUAGCAACGUUGCCGAUGUACAAAGAGCUCUCGGCAGUUUAGUGUCAACUGUGGACCUGGAGGACGUCGAUGGAUUAGAGAAGUUUCUGCUGGAACGGAUAACCAAAUUCAUUCCGAAGACGAAUCAGAUAGUGUUGGACAUCGAGUGUCGGCUGAUCUGGCUGCUCGGCGAGAAGGACGGACUGCGCUGGCAUGAGCUGUCGGAACAACGGCUGUCGCUGAAGGAGAGGCUAUGCCGCGGCGCGCUGCGCACGCUGGCGGCGCUGGGCGCGGGCGACGCCUACCUGCGCGGCCUGCUGCUGUACCACCUGCACGCCGCGCUGGCCGAGCGCGCCAGGCGGGCGCCACUCCUGUAUGAGGAACUGAAGCCGGAGAUCGAGAGCACGAUAGAGCAAGCGUACAACAUCCUGAAGGACGGCAUCUCGGGCCCGCCAGACCUGGAGCUGCGGCGCCGCUACCUCGGCCCCGCCGCCGCCGACAAACCACGGGAGGAACGCUUCUUCAUUCUAGACAAUAAAUCAUUAUGAGCUUGGAGAGCAAGCUGAUUAAAACUAAAUAUAUAUAUACCUACCUACUUAUUAUGUUUUAUGCAUUAUAUUUCCAGCCCUAGGUAUAAUUAUGGAAUGGGAUUCAUUUUUUUCAACUU